AUGUCUGAGGGAGCUAGGGCUGGGGUAAUUAUUGGGGUGGGGGAAGAGGGGAGGGCUGGUUUGGGGGUGGGCGAAAAAGAGAGGGCUGGUUUGGGACUGGGGACAAAGUAUGGUGUUAGUGUUUAUGAGCCGCAGGUAGGCUUGGACGGGGAGGAGAAGAAUCGGUUUUGGGAGGCUUUGGACAAGGUGGUUAGAUGUGUUCCUAGCUCUGAGAAGAUUAUUGUAGAUGGCGAUUUCAAUGGUCACAUCGGGGUAUUAUCGGGAGGCUAUGGCGAUGUGCAUAGGUUUUAUGGUUUUGGGGAUAGGAAUGAAGAGAGAUUUGUUAUGCCGGAUUUUGCAAGGGCCUUCGGAAUGGUGGUAGUGAAUUCGAGCUUUUCAAAGAAGGAGGAUAACCUGGUCACUUCCUGA